UUAAGAGGUCAGACCAUUCAAUACAUUUGCAACCCAUCGUACUACUAGCCAGCCGUAGCUAUGUAUAUUGUGAAGAAGAAUGAGCAAGACCUACAGAGCAUGGAAAGAAGAACCAGGUCAGGAAGCAGGGUCAUGGCUUUCUUCGACACAGAGGUGGAUGAGAACUUUGACUACUUGUUCAAGAUCAUUCUGAUUGGAGACUCGAAUGUGGGAAAGACCUGUGUGGUCCAUCGGUUCAAGUCAGGACAAUACCAUACCAAGCAACAGAAUACUAUUGGGGUAGACUUCACAGUGCGUCCAAUCGAGAUAGAUGGCAAAAAGGUCAAGAUACAGGUGUGGGAUACAGCUGGCCAAGAACGCUUCCGGACAAUAACCCAAAGUUAUUAUCGUAGUGCCCAUGGCGCUAUCCUUGCCUAUGAUAUGACCAGACAGUCCACUUUUGAUUCUAUUCCUCAUUGGAUUCAUGAGAUUGAAAAAUUUGGUGCUGCUAAUCUGGUUCUGAUGUUGAUUGGGAACAAGGCAGAUGAAGCAGACAAGCGACAAGUUCUAUUUGAAGAUGCUUGCACGCUAGCAGAGAAGCAUGGUCUUUUAGCUGUGCUGGAGACAUCAGCCAAGGAGGCCCAAAACAUUGAUGAGGUCUUCACACUGAUGGCCAAAGAGCUGAUAGCCAGGAAUACCUUACAGCUCCAUGGAGAGAGCAGUCCUCUCGAGAACAUCCAUCUGGACACCCGACCGGUGAUAGCUAGUCAGGCUGAGAGUUCCAGUUGCUCCUGUUGAUGAAAUGCUCUGUGGGGGAAAAAACCACUAGCAUAUUUCCAGAGGCCUACACUAACACAAGAAGAAUCUUCCUUCUAGCCUUGCAUUUGCUGUAUUUUUCAACCAUAUAGUUCUGUCUUAAUGUUGUUCUUCUGAAGCAAACACUUUUUCUUCUGAUGGUCCAAGAAGGUUGCAGUGGCUCUCAUCUCACUGAAUUUUUCAGCUGAAGAAAAAAAGUCUGUGGUAAACUCUGAGAAACUAUCUUUGGAAAAGAACAAUGGAUCCCUCUGACAGAAGCAGGUGGAUAUUUUUCAGCCUCUGUUAAGAGCUGUCAUGUUAAGUUUCCAUUGGUUUCCUCCAGUGACAAUGGAGAAAUGUAGAAGUUUAGCUCUUAGACAUUUUUUUUUCCAAAAGGGGGACUUUAAUGACAAUAACAUAUUUCCAGAAAAGGGUAAACAAAAUAAUCACAGGCUUGGAAACCAAACACUACAAGGGUGGUUCCAUCUCUGACUUGAGUUAAGCUGCACGGGCUUCCAGGGCCUCCAUCUCCAAGAUGACGUUCCUCAAUUUCUGCAACACCGUGUCCAUCUCUGUCAGCAGUCGAGCCACAAGGGCUUUCAGGGUGUUGUUCUUUUGGGUGAGGGCCUCUUUCUCCGCCUUUUUGCUCUCUAUUUCAGCUUUGAGCUGCUCAUUGGUCGCUUCCUGGGCCUGAACUUUGGCCAUCAGGUCAGCGAUCUUCUGCUCCAUCUGGUCGCUCUCCCGGGAUGAACACGAGAAACAUCAGCUUUGAGCUGCUCAUUGGCCGCUUCCUGGGCCUGAACUUUGGCCAUCAGGUCAGCGAUCUUCUGCUUCAUCUGGUCGCUCUCUCGGAAUGAACACGAGAAAUAUCAGCUUUGAGCUGCUCAUUGGUCGCUUCCUGGGCCUGAACUUUGGCCAUCAGGUCAGCGAUCUUCUGCUCCAUCUGGUCGCUCUCCCGGCAUGAACACGAGAAACAUCAGCUUUGAGCUGCUCAUUGGUCGCUUCCUGGGCCUGAACUUUGGCCAUCAGGUCAGUGAUCUUCUGCUCCAUCUGGUCGCUCUCCCGGGAUGAACACGGGAAACAUCAGCUUUGAGCUGCUCAUUGGCCGCUUCCUGGGCCUGAACUUUGGCCAUCAGGUCAGCGAUCUUCUGCUCCAUCUGGUCGCUCUCCCGGGAUGAACACGAGAAAUAUCAGCUUUGAGCUGCUCAUUGGCCGCUUCCUGGGCCUGAACUUUGGCCAUCAGGUCAGCGAUCUUCUGCUCCAUCUGGUCGCUCUCCCGGGAUGAACACGGGAAAUAUCUUCGUCUUGACUUGCCAGCUGUUUGGUUCAAGUGUCAGCUCUUAGACAUUGUGAUGUGUUUUCUUUUAUAUUGUAGUUCAAAGGGUUACUGAUGUCAAUUAAUGAAAUGUGGUUAAAUAUUAAUUAGCAGUUUUGAAUGUUUGCAGUUGAUUUUUACUAGCCUGUCAGUUGAUGUAGGAUUUACUCUACCUCUCAUUGCCACCAGCAGCUAGUGUUUAUGUGGGACUUGAUGUGUGUUUUCUACUUUGUUUUCCUGUUCUGACUUUGUAGAGUCCCUGCACUAGUAGUGAAUGUCUGUGAUGGUAAAGAAUUAUAACUAAAAGGAGGAUGUGGAAAGUGUUUAUCUUCUUUGAAAUUAAAACACUUGACUGAUGUUAUUAAAUCCGAAUUUAAUAACCCGUAAAGAUAGGAAGGCCUUUCACAAAGCACAAAAGGGAUUAACAUUUAGAAAUACUAAAAAGGCAGCUGCCAAGAUGACUGCCAUUGCAGAUGCAAAAGAACUUGAGGCAUGGAAAUAACACAUCAUAACAAACUGUUACCUGUAAUAUGUUACUUUCUGAGAUGACAGGAACAUAAUUAUUGCCUCACUAGACUGCAAAAACAUAACUGACAAGUUUGUGUUUCUAGUAUAAUAAGCCAUGUAUAGUUCUUAACCCAGAACAUUGCUUUUGAGGAUUUGUUUUGAUCAUUCUUGUGUUUUAAAGUGUAUUUUUUAAAAAUGUAAAUGGUGUUUAACAGGACUCACUUAAAAAAUCACAACACAUUAUUACUUAACAAAACACUCCAAACACUGUAGCAACUGAUUUUCCCCUGCUAGGGUAAUGGCUUUUAAUAUUAUCAGUAUGAGUGUAGGAUGUUUUCUGCACCUAUUAUUUUGAAAAAUGUGAAAUGCUUGUUCAGAUUUUGAUGCCAGACAUUCAUGGGAAUGCAAUGAAUGCUGGAUCUUUUAUUUGUUGAUGGAAGGAAUAAAUCUUUUUGGUGGGCUCAAUCCAGACAGUCGUACUUACAAUAAAAUCUUUUUAUCAUGUUA